AUGCCUAAGAUUGUUGAGGCAAGUCUUGUUGUCGUAAUAAUCAUCCCGGGACGAUUCUGGGUUAUAUUACUUGAGUCAAGCGUCUCCGUUUAUGUUUAUCUUCAACUUCAAAGGAGGUGUAUCCUGCUGUCCCAUCCCCUUCCCAGUAGACCGUGCCCCUGCUGGAACGAACCAAGCUCGGUUCCUGAAUGUGUGUUAUCGAGUCUUGAAACUCUCGAAUGUAUCAUAUAUGAAGGAACUGAAGAAGAGAAAGAGCUUGUAGCAUUCAUCUUAAGAAACGGAAGCUGUUUAAAGAAGGUAACCAUCUCCUCCAAUCCUACCGAUCCUAACAGAAAACUUGAGAUGCUCAAGGAAUUGUCUAUCUGA